CUCCUCCUACUUUCUCGCCCCUCUCUCACUCACGCUCUUCCCACGCUGCUGGCAGUGCUCUCUGGCGAGACCUCCUCACUCCAUUGCGCCGCCUCAACGACGCCGCUUCGGUGCCGGUGACGUGCCUCGUCGACUUUCCAUCGCUCACCGUCGCACCUAUCAGAUGAUAUCGCCAUUUAGCAGAUUUUGAUAAAUAUUGCGGCCUUCUCCUCUCUUCUGUCUAUACAUACGCCUGCGGUUUCCUGGAUUUCAUGAAUAUUGUUUGGAUUUCAAAAGCAAUAAUCUCCAAGAGGAAUAGUCCUGCCAGACUCUUUACUACCUCCAUAGAAGCUCAGAAGAAAUCCAAAUCCAGUUACAUUUCUCACGAAACAGCCAUAAGGUUGAUCAAAAAUGAAAGAGAUCCUCAACAUGCGCUUGAAAUAUUCAACAUGGUGUCAGAGCAAAAAGGCUUUAAUCACAAUAACGCCACUUAUGGAGGCAUUCUUCAAAGGCUUGCAAAAUCUAAGAAAUUCCAGGCUAUUGAUGGAGUUCUGCAUCAAAUGACAUAUGACACUUGCAAAUUACACGAGGGUAUAUUCCUUAAUCUCAUGAAGCAUUAUUCAAAGUCUUCUAUGCACGAAAGAGUGCUUGACAUGUUUUAUGCUAUCCAGUCGAUUGUUCGUCAAAAGCCUUCUCUUAAAGCGAUCAGCACGUGUCUCAAUCUUCUAGUCGAAAACGACCGGGUUGAUCUAGCCAGGAAAUUGCUUGUAAAUGCUAGUAGCAAGCUCAACUUAAUACCAAAUACUUGCAUUUUCAACAUUUUAGUUAAGCAUCAUUGCAGAAAUGGAAAUCUUCAAGCUGCAUUUGAGGUUGUAAGGGAAAUGAAAAGUGCUAGAGUCUCUUAUCCUAAUCUCAUCACCUAUUCAACUCUGAUAGGUGGUCUUUGUCAAAGUGGAAAACUUAAAGAAGCCAUUGAACUUUUUGAGAACAUGGUUUCAAAGGACAAGAUUUUGCCUGAUGCCUUGACUUACAAUAUUCUGAUCAAUGGCUUUUGUCAAGGAGGGAAGGUCGACCGUGCAAGGAAAAUAGUCGAGUUCAUGAAAAGCAAUGGAUGCAGUCCUAACGUAUUCAAUUACUCAGUCUUAAUGAAUGGCUUCUGUAAAGAAGGGAAAUUGCAAGAGGCAAAGGAAGUUUUUAAUGAAAUGAAGAGCCUCGGGAUGAAGCCCGAUACGGUCAGCUACACUACCUUAAUGAACUGCCUAUGUAGAACCGGAAGGGUCGACGAGGCUACAGAGUUACUCCAGAAAAUGAAGGACCAAGAUUGCAGAGCCGAUACCAUAACAUUGAAUGUGAUCCUUGGAGGUCUAUGCCGAGAAGGAAGGUUCGAAGAGGCUCUCGAUAUGGUGCAGAAACUUCCCUUUGAGGGUUACUAUUUGAACAAAGGAAGUUACAGAAUUGUGUUGAAUUUCCUGUCUCAGAAAGGAGAAUUGAAAAGGGCUACUGAGUUAUUGGGUCUAAUGUUAAAUAGGGGAUUUGUACCUCACUAUGCAACUUCUAAUAGUCUGUUGGUUCUUCUGUGUAACAGUGGAAUGGUGAAGGACGCAGUAGAAUCUUUGCUUGGGCUGUUGGAGAUGGGCUUCAAACCUGAGCCUGAUUCUUGGUUUUCUUUGGUUGAUUUGAUCUGCAGGGAGAAGAAACUGCUGCCUGUGUUUGAAUUGCUUGAUGAGUUGAUCGCUGAAGAACAUUUAAAUAUGAAAUAAAUUUGAAGUUUUUCCUCCAGAUCCUUCGUACUUC